CCGCGUUCAGUUCUCGAGCGAACGUUGAGGCGGUUGAAUGUGCGCAAGGAUCGCAGCUUGGUUUCAGCUUCAACAUGGGUCCUAGAGUCUUGUGCGUGACUAUACUUUGGUGUCAACUGGCUGCGGGCAUAGUGCAGCAUCGUUCCUUGGAGGAUGCACGCCUGGAGCGGCAGAGGCUGGUGCACAAGUACAUCAAAGCGCUCAACAAGGAGGAGGGAGCCAUCCGAUUGGUCGGCGGCGACAACGAAUACGAAGGCAACAUUGAGGUGCUGCACAAUGGCAAGUGGGGCGCCAUCUGCGACGAUGAGUGGGAUGCCACCGAGGGACAUAUCGUGUGCCGGCAGCUGGGAUUUCCCGGUAUGCGGCGAUACACGCACAGCGGCUACUUCGGCCCUGCCCGUCGUCGCUUCUGGAUGGACAAUCUCUUCUGUGAGGGCCACGAGCAGGAGCUGGUCGAGUGCCACUUCGAGGGAUGGGGCGAGAACGACUGCGAGCCGGGCGAGGCAGCGGGAGUGGUAUGCAAUCCCCCGGCAGAUGCACCGAUACCCGAGCCCCUCCUCAGGGAUGAGGAUAUACCCAAGUUCCCCAUUCACUCGCGCUCCCGCUUGUACGUUCAGCUGCGUGGCGGUAGAGAGCGGUACGAGGGCCGCGUGGAGGUGCGACUGGAUGGCGGACGCUGGGGCAGCAUCUGCGCCGAUGGCUGGUCCCUGCUCGAGGCAAAUGUCGUUUGCCGCCAGCUGGGGCUCGGCUACGCACGUGACGCCUUCCAGACCGACUAUUUUGGGGGCGCCAACGUCUCUCGGCCCGUCCUCAGUGGCAGCGAGUGCUACGGCAACGAAACGGAGCUGGCCGACUGCCUGCACCACGAUCCGAUCCGCGGGAUCGUAAGCUGCCACGGCAGCAGGCAGCAUGUGGCGGCUGUGAUCUGUGACUACUCCUCGCCCGAUCUGGUGAUUGACUACCUGGAGAUUGAGCAGACGGCCCAUCUGGAGGAUCGACCCAUGCUGCUGAUGCAGUGCGCCAUGGAGGAAAACUGCGUGGCCAGCGAAGCCUAUCAGAUACAGCGCGACGAUCCCCACUGGCGUUAUCGCACAAGGCGGCUCCUGAAGUUCACGGCGGCCGCCAUCAAUGCGGGCAAUGCGGACUUCCGCCCCUUCAAGGAGAAGAGUCAGUGGGAGUGGCACAUGUGCCACAUGCACUUUCACAGCAUGGAAGUGUUUGCCACCUUUGACAUCUUCGAUUUGAGCGGUCGUAAGGUGGCGCAGGGACACAAGGCCUCCUUCUGUCUGGAGGACAGCAGCUGUCUGCCUGGAGUCGCCAAGAAAUACAAUUGCGCCAACUAUGGAGAUCAGGGCAUCUCCAUCAACUGCUCUGAUGUGUAUCUGUAUAAUCUGGACUGCCAAUGGGUGGACGUUACGGACCUGAGUCCUGGCUCCUACAUCCUUAAAAUAGCCAUCAAUCCGGAGUUCAAGGUGUCGGAGAUGAGCUUCGACAAUAACGCUGCCAUCUGCGAUCUGAUUUACACGGAAAACUAUGCGAGAGUUCAGAACUGCCAGCUGGCGAGACCCUAAAAGGGGCCCAGGGAAAUUGGGAAAUCGGUAAAUCACAGAUGAACUGCAACCAAAUCAAAUUGUGCCAAAUAUUACUAUUAACCAAAGGGGAGGUUGUACAUCUACACUCUACAUAUUACGAGUAUCUAUAUCUUAAUCUAUAUCUCUAUCCGAAAUUAAAAGUGCACAUUUCUAAGGUCUUUCGCUUGAGCUU